ACACAAAGGGUUAAAGUUUCUCCACAUCUGCUGGACUUUUGCCAUUCCAUAAACAAUGUGCGUGUCCUUUAACAACGGGCGUGGCUUUGUGGUGCAGCUUAAUGCGGAAGACAAACAUCCAGAAACACUGAAGUCCUGAGGAACUCACCCAGAACUGAAGCAAGUGUUUGAGGUGUCUUUUUUUAUUUUCCUUUGGCUAAUCCAGGAUUUUGAGAGGGACUAAAGCCAUGUGGCCAAAUCAAGGUCCACCUCCUCCAGCAGGACCACCAAAUCCUGCCUACCCUCCUGGCUACAACCCUGCUUUCCCUCCCGCUGCUCCUGCUGGAGCCUUCCCCCAGCCUCCACACCCAGCAUACCCAGCUGGUCAAUACCCAGCUGGUCAAUACCCAGCCGGCCAAUUUCCAGCCAUGGUUCCUAAUCCACCUCCAGGUACUCAUCCUUAUCCCAUGGCUCCAGGUGGAUAUCCCGCUGUCCCUCCUGGAGGUGUUCACCCAGGUCCAUAUCCACACUCUCCAAAAGGAGGUCACCAUAAAGGGCACAAAGGUCACCAUGGUGGGGUGAAUCCCAUGUUAGCUGGAGGAGUGGCAGGAAUGGGAAUGGGGAUGAUGGGACAUAAAGCCCAUAAAAAGAUGAAGAAGAUGAAGAAGAAGGGACACAAAGCACACAAGCAUGGACAUCACAAACACGGUGGCAAGUCUUCCAGCAGCAGUAGCAGCAGUAGCAGCAGCAGUGAUUCGGACUAAGGCCACCAUUCCAAAUGACAGCUUUGAAGGAACUCAUCAAAAGAGCAACCUGAUUAUUAACAAUUAACA